AUGGCCUCAAGUUCUGUCAUUACUUGUAAUUCUGAUGUUGAAUUUGAAAGGGAAUUCAACAAAGCUGGAGAAAAGUUACUAGUGGUUGAUUUUACGGCAACAUGGUGUGGACCAUGUCGUCAAAUGGCACCUAUAUUUGCAGCGUUAAGUAAUAAAUAUAAAGGUUCCACGAUUUUUUUAUCUGUUGAUAUUGAUAAAUGUCAGAAUACUGCUGAAGCGCAAGGCAUCCGUUCAGUACCGACAUUCCGAUUCUUUAAGAAUAAAGCUAGAAUUGAUGAAGUUAGUGGUAGUCAAGCUGGGCUAUUGGAAGAAAAAAUUAAGCAGCAUGGUGGAAGCAGUAACUCGUCUAGCAGUUCAACGAAUGAGCAUGAAAGUCCUGUAAACUUAUAUUCUGCUAUAAAUCUAUCGAACUGCGAGUGUUUAAAUGAAAAUGAUGAUCAUCCAUUUAAGAAUGCAUUGACGAAAAGCGCAUUAUACCUAGAAAGUGAUUGUGAUGAACAGCUAUUAAUUUAUAUAGCAUUCCAGCAGCCCGUCAAGAUUCAUUCCAUUAUUUUAAAUGCUCCUGAUGAUGGUAGAGCACCAAAGAUAGUGAAAUUGUUUACAAAUCAAACGGUAUCAUUAGAUUUCGACAAAGCAGAAGCAAAACAGUCUACUCAGCAAUUUGAAUUAACGGGGGAAGAUGUAUCUGAAGGAAAUGUUAUUAACCUUCGCUACGUCAAAUUUCAAAAUGUUGAAAAUAUAACGCUAUUCGUUAAAAAUAAUCAAGGUGGAGAUGAUAUAACUGUAAUCAACCAUUUGGCAUUUAUUGGAAAUUUAAUCGACAAAACUGACAUGAGCAGUUUUAAACGCGUCGCUGGUAAACCAGGCGAAAGCCAUUAA